AGCUCCAUUACGGCUUCAGACCUGCAUCACCUGAGUGAAUCUUGUACUGCAUUUCACUCUUAUUGCAAUGCUGUCCCGGACGCUGGUUGUUCCGUUGGUCUUUGCAUUAGUGAGUGUCUCCAUCUCUGCACCAAUCAAUGAUGGAACAGAUAAUGAUGAAGCGGCUGCAGCUCUGUUAGGAAUCUUCAAUGUUCAGAUUAAUGGAGCUCUUCCAACUCAAAGCCCUGUGAAUGGAGACUCAGGAACAAUAGAUGGGACAGACUCAUCAGAGAAACAAGGAGGUCCAAGUGACUCCUCUGACACUACAGAAAAACCCGGUGACACAAGCAUGGAUGAAGCUACAAGUGGCCCAGAUUCCAUAGAUACAACAGAUACAGACACGGAGAAAGACACAGAUACUGAUACAAAUACAGAUAUGGAAACAGAUACUGAUGCAAAUGUAUCAAAGGCAAAAACAAGUGAUUCAGAUGAAAACAAUGAGAAACCAUCAGCAGAAGACAAAACAGAUGCUGACCAUGUUGAUACAGACUCAGAUGAAAAGGAGUCCUCAGACACGGACGAAAUCACGGAUGCUGAUACAGACGACGCAGACAGUGACUCUGUUAGUGUCGAAAACAAAGAUACAGAAACAUCUGAUGAUGCAAACAAAAGUUCUUCAGAGGAUAAAGACGAUUCAACUGACAAGGACUCUUCUGACACAGACGAGAAGCACGACUCUGCUGACAAAGACAACACAGAUGGGGACACAGACGAAAAGAGUGAAGAGAAACAUGGCAAAGAAUUCAGCAAAGUCUCAGAGGAUGAAGAGCGAGAAUCCUCAGAGAAGCCAGACAAAAGCGAAUCUGACAGCGAUCAAGAUACUGAUGAGGUCAAAGAUUCAGAUGACACCAAUGACCAGGAUUCCAGUGCAAAAGACAAAGACACCGACAGCACUGAGAAAAAAGACAUCAACACUAAAGACACUGAGAGUGACGUAGACACUGAUGAGAAAGGCAAUGAUAGCAGCCAAGAAACGGCAGAUUCCCCUGGCAUCCCAGAUGCCAAGGACAGCACCGAGAUCAAGGACAGGGACAGCACUGACCGGAAAGACAUUGAAGAUGAUGUUGACAAUGAGAAGGACACCAAAGAUAAGGAGGAGACCAAUGAGAAAGGCAACAGUAGCGACGAGGGAAAAAAUAAAGAUGACGAGUCCAAACUAGAUGAACAAGACAAAGGAGACACCACUUCUAAAGAGGAUGCCUCAGCCAGUCAGUCUGAUGAAAGUCCACAAGAGGAAAUGACAGAAGACAAACAGGAAGAUAAGUCUGAUGCAGACAACUCCAGAGUGGACUCGGACUCUGACAGCAAGGAGGUCAGCAAAGACAAAGACCAGGAUAAAGACCAGGACACAGACUCUGACAGCAAGGAGGACGGCAAAGACAAAGACCAGGAUAAAGACCAGGUUGAAAACUCUGACAGCAAGGAGGACACCAAAGACAAAGACCAAGAUAAGGACACGAAUACAGACUCUGACAGCAAGGAGGACAGCAAAGACAAGGACAAGAGUAGCACAGAAUCCACAGACACAGAAACCCCAGAUAGUGAUAGCAAGACUGACACAGAUAGCUCAGAAACAGGAGGGGAAGAUACCAAUGAAGAUAGCAUCAGCAUGGAAAAAGAGAAGCAAGAUUCCCCAGAUAGUGAAUCAGUGGAAACAAAUGAUGACUCAGAUGCUGAUUCCAAUGAUGACCAUGACAAUGAUUCCACAGAUGCUACUGAGUCAAUAUCACAUGAGGAAAACACAGAUGAAAAUGCUGAUGCAGAUAGCCACGAUAUUUUAGAUGAUGAUGACGAUGACAUUGAUAUCCAUGAUGAUGAAGUCAUGGGUGAAGAUGAUAAGGCUUCUAAAAUAAUUGGUGAACCAGUUCAUCUUGGUGACACAACACAAGGAUCAGAUGAUGGCAGCAAAACCCUCAUGCCAAGCUCCUAGCGACCAGGACACUACAGAAACAAUUUAAAUGAAUUUUCAUGGAGAGACGUUGAAAGAAUCAACUGAGACAUUCGCGAUAAUCAGAGUUUCACAUCCCAUUAAAACACUCCAUUGACUCGCCCCUCUCACCCUCUAUCUUUUUCUCUCUCAUAUGGUGAAGGUUCUCUCUAAAGGAUUCUGGGAAUGCAGAUUAAAUUAUUUGGCUGUUUGAUGUACAUUCCAUUUGUAACUUUGUCCUAAUUAUAGAUUCUUUUGUUAUUGUUUGAUAUAUUAAUUUGACCAGUUUUAGAGGGAAAUAUUACAUGAUGAACAGUGUGAGUCUGAUAUUUUGAAUCUCAUAUAUUUAUGUGUGUUUAGGAGCUCAAUAUAUUUCAUUACAAGUGACAGACUAAACCUAGACAUUUGUACUAACUGAAGGAUUUUUGAGAAAGCUCUCAAGUUCAAAAGAUUUAUUAUGGUGUCCCCUGGGUGUCCUAUGUUUUCUAUUUCUUUGUCCACAUGGUGUCACCAUCCUUGACAAUGAGACACUUUUUGUUUAUCUAAAAGACUGCAGCUGCUACAACGAAAACAUUUUACUGACUCUCAGAUAAAUACCAGCUUGAAGUGUCACAAAAAGAGAUGUUUUCUACCCACCCAAAAAAUGAUUUAAGAUUGUACAGACAAUUUAUGAUAGAAUCUCUGAAGUCUAUAUGUCUCAGUGGAAGAAUACUAAUACACUAGCAAUGUAAGAGCACAGAUUGUUUUGAAAAAAAAGAAACUGUUAAAAAUAAUUUUGUAUAGAUUUAAAGUCAUUUUAAUAUGUACACAGGGAGCAAAUCUAAUAAAGACUGGGCUGUCAGGAA